UGACGUGCGUACUCUGGGACUUUGCACAGUGAAAGUUGUAACCAGAAUCUCCCUUUCACAAUACAUUCAUCUGCGGCAAGAAUACAACGAAAGUCAGCAUGAAUACUACAGGGAAAGUUAUCAGGUGCAGAGCAGCCAUACUCUGGAAGCCAGGUACACCACUUUCCAUUGAGGAGAUAGAAGUGGCCCCACCAAAGGUGAAGGAAGUUCGCAUAAAGAUCGUGGCCACGGGGCUCUGUGGUACAGAAAUGAAAAUGUUGGCAAAUAAAAUCCCUCACAACAAUUAUCCCAUCAUUUUGGGCCAUGAAGGGGCUGGAAUAGUCGAGAGUGUGGGAGAAGGCGUGAGCACAGUGAAAACAGGUGAUAAAGUUAUCACACUCUUUCUACCACAGUGUGGAGAAUGUACCUCUUGCGUUAAUCCUGGGGGCAAUUUUUGUAUACAAUUCAAACAAUCAGAAACUGGCCUGAUGUCUGAUGGUACCAGUAGGUUUACCUGCAAAGGAAAACCAGUAUAUCACUUUGGGAAUACAAGCACCUUUUCUGAAUACACAGUGAUAAAAGAAAUCUCGGUUACCAAGAUUGAUGCAGUUGCACCUCUGGAGAAAGUAUGCCUAGUUAGCUGUGGUUUUUCCACGGGAUAUGGUGCUGCAAUCACUACAGCCAAGGUGACCCCACGCUCCACCUGUGCCGUGUUUGGCCUUGGAGGCGUUGGCCUGUCUGUCAUCAUGGGCUGUAAAGCAGCCGGAGCGGCCAGGAUCAUUGGGGUGGACAUCAACAAAGACAAAUUUGAGAAGGCAAAGGAAGUGGGUGCCACUGAGUGCAUCAACCCUCAGGACUACAAGAAACCCAUCCAAGAAGUUUUAUUUGAUAUGACAGGUGCUGGCGUGGAAUUUUGCUUUGAGGUCAUUGGAAAUCCAGAAACUGUGGUAGCUGCCCUGGCCUCCUGCCACGAGAGCCACGGGGUCUGUGUGAUUGUGGGGCUCUUGACUGCUGGUGUCCAACUCAAUAUCAGUGGCCGGUUGUUCUUCUCAGGACGUUCUUUGAAGGGAUCUGUUUUGGGAGGCUGGAAAAGCAGACAGGACGUCUCUAAACUGGUUUCUGAUUACAUGGCAAAGAAGUUUAAUCUAGAUCCACUAAUUACCCAUACUCUGAAUCUUGAUAAAAUCAAUGAAGCAGUUGAAUUAAUGAAAACCGGAAAAUGUAUCCGCUGUGUCCUGUUACUUUAAGUACAAUGUAAUGUAUGCAAGAUCUGCAAUGUAAUAUGCAAGAUUUCACCAACUAAAUUGCAUUCUGUAUAAUUUUCAUGAUUUAGAAGAAUUACCCACACAGCGCAGUUUCUGUUUUCUUGCCUCUGAUUGAUUCGGCAGUGGGCUCGUAUCUGGCUUCUGCCCUCACUACUUCAUCAAAUUGUUCUUGUGCGAUCAGUGUUACCCAGGAACAUCCUCCCUUUUAGAACUAGAUUAAGGUUGAUUUGAAUCACCCAAUUCCAGACCCUUCAAACAAAGUCACCCAAGAUACUCUCAUUUUCAUAGUUAUCUCCACCUUUGGGAUCCUGUUUCCUGGCACCCUGUGUCUCUCUCAACCCGUGGAGCUCCAUCCAUUUCACACCAAAGAAAUAAAACUCACCAGUCAUGAGUUUAUUGAACAUUCAUGUUGAAGCAAGCUGAUGGAAGAGGGGGAUCUUCAUUACAUCAACUUAAAUAAAUCCCAGUUGAACAUUAAGUAUUUCAUUGUUAAUAUAGGUCGCCCCAGAGAAACUUCUGGUAUUUCGCCUUAUAUAACCCAGCCUCAAACCGUGACUCAUAAUAUCUCUAUGGCACUCAUCUCAUCUCUCCUGGAUUACCAAAGGAACUUCAAAUUCUUCUUCAGUUGGCCAGAACAAUUUAGCUCUCAGCAGUUCAUAUCACCUGGCUUUAUAACUAAGCCAUCUAGGGAUUCAGCA